CCGGGCUUUGUUUGGCGGGUGGGGGCAUUGGGCCUGCUGGAGAGGUUUGUCGGGAGGAUGCAUGUUUCAGACCAGGGUGGGCAUGUGAGGAGCAGCGCGAGGGACGAGGCAAGGCCAGAGACGACAUCUGAUCGCCUCGCCGACCCGCUCGGCUCCAAAGGCAGCCGCUUGAUCUGAACCGGCGGCCACUUGAUCUCGACGGGGAAACCAUUUGACUUUGCGUCAGAGACCACUUGAUCCCGACCAAAGACCAUUUGACCUCCACCAGGGACCACUUGGGGUUCCCUCUCCUGCUCCCGCCGACAGAGCCACCUUCUACCGUCAUCUUGACACACCGCCCGCCUGACCAUCGCUCGCAAGUCGCCCCUGCGCAUGAGCCACCCACGCAUCCACCUGCUGCCCUGUCGCAUCGGCUACUCUGGCCCAGCCAAGGUUGACCAGUAUUUUGUCGUUACGCCUCGGCCAAGCACCGACCACCCGGCCUCCUCGACCGCAGAAUGGGAGUCGUCUUUCCGGGGCAGAGCCCUUCGAGGCCGCACUGUCCAGCUGCCGCCAGGAUACAAAGGCACCGUCUAUGCCCAUCCCACAGAGGGCGACGAUACAAGCUCAGGUCCUGAUCUGAGUCGACCCACACGCAUCUUUGAGGAGUUUGUCGUCUGGGGCCAUGACCAAGUCGACCCAGUCACCCAUCCGGCCAUAAACCUCAGUCGCUGGAUCGAGGUUGCCGAGGCGCUCCACAACGACGAUUUCCCAGAUACCGAUGGCCCGCUUACCCGAUGAGCGAUGCAUGUCGAUUGCCACUUGCUCCUUUUGCUCGUCACGGCGGAUCAGCAGCCCACUACUUUUAUACUACUACAUCAGUCCAUCGCAUCACA